GGCAACUGCGUCCUACGCAGUCCUACGCUGGUGAACAGCAAAAGACUGGAGUGGCGUGAGGGGCCCUCAACGCAUUACAAGGACGACAACAGCAGUAUGGGGCCGGCAGAACGGGCAAGAAGGGAAGGAGCACAUUCCUCGUGGGCAGGUCAAAGUUCCCACGUCCGGGAUUGCUUCCGCAAACAGCGAUGACAGACUCAACCACAGUCUCGGCACGGGAUUUGGGAUCCCUAUAUCAGUAUCUGGAAGUGCUGGCACUGACAAUCAUCCUACAUAAGAUCAUACCCGUCAAACCGGUCAAAGGCUAUGUUUGCGACUGGGACGGCAAACCGCUGCUUUAUAGGCUCAAUGGGUUGAAGGUCCUGGUGUCUGCGGUUGCAUUUUACAUUUCACUGGACAUCCUCAAUAUUCGCCCCCUCACAACCUUCUCCCACAACUUCCCCGCCAUCGCCCUCUCCGCUACCCUCAUCGGGCUCACCGCCUCUACCCUCUUCUACAUUUUCCCCACCAACCCCCUCGUCCCCGACAACCCUUACCGCCGUACUCUAACCACCGACCUCCUCACAUCCCCGCGCAAAACCACUCUCUCCAAACUCCGUGACGCCAACGCAUCAACUCAUCCGCUAUGGCUGCGCUUCUACACAGGCGUGGAAUUCAACCCCCGCGUUCAAGGGAUCGAUGUGAAGAUGUUUUUGUACCUGUUUGGAGCGGUGAUGUUGGAAUUGGUCGUGCUGGCCAGCGUGGUUGCGGAGAAGAGGAGGGAUGGCGGUGUGAGUGGGCCAAUGCUGUUGUGUGCAGGGAUGUAUACGUGGUUUUGUGGGGAGUAUAUGUAUCAUGAGGACGUCCACCUCUACACCUACGACAUUUUCGCCGAAAAAGUCGGCUUCAAGCUCCUCUUCGGCUGCCUCACAUUCUACCCCUUCUUCUACCCUCUCCCCAUCUACGCCCUCUCCCUCCACCCCACCCCGACCCCGCUCUCACCCCCGCUAUCCCUCUUCCUCACCGCCCUGUUCAUCACAGGUUGGACUUUGACCCGCGGCGCCAACCUCCAAAAACACGCGUUCAAAAUCAACCCGAAACAACCCUACUACUCCGUCUUGUUCGACACCAUCCGCAUCCCGCAACGCACCUUACCCGGGUCAACCCUCCUCGUAUCCGGCUUCUGGGGGCUCAGCAGACACAUCAACUACGCCGGCGAGAUCAUCCAAGCCAUCGCGAUCGCAUUAAUCGUCAUAUCCGCGACACCUGCGGCGGGAUGGUGGGUGUGGGCUGCGGCGGUUAGUUAUCCGGCGUACUAUGUGGCGCUCUUUGUGCCGAGGGAGAGGGAGGAUGGACGGGUUUGUGAGGGGAAGUAUGGAAAAGUGGUUUGGGGGGAGUAUGUGAGGAGGGUGAGGUUUAGGAUUUUGCCGUACUGCUACUAGAGUUUGCCGACUAUACCCCCGAUCUUGAACGGCCAGUGUGUGCUGGAAGGGUGGGUAGUGUCUAGUCUGUGUGACCCACAUGGCGUACGCCCAGUAAGGGUAGAAUGUAACCUAGAACGUACAACAAUCCGAUCUCAACAUCACAGCAGU